ACAUUACACUAUACCUCCUUUAUUGAGACAAUUAUAUACUUGUAUAUUCUCAUGUAAAUGGUAGAUAUAUAAUAAUACUGUACAUACAGUCUUGCUUCAUUCACAUAUAGCUAUUCAGUCAUAGGGAACCAUCCAUAGCAAUUAGCUAAGCUGUUAUGUGAUAAAAUAUGAAGUACAUGUAGUUGAGAUAGUUUAGUGUAGUUAAGAUAGUUAACAUAAUUUAGUUAGAGUAGAUAAGAUAUACAAGAUUAGUUAAGUAGUUAGUUAAGUACUAGUUAAGUAGAAAUCAUAAUCAUGGCUGAGAUGAUGGAUGUGGAUAAUGAUGAGUGCAUACUUUGUAAUGAAACACUCUCUGACAGUACUGUGCCAACUGUAAAACUGGGUGAAAAGGGCAUGUCAGGUUUACAAAAGGCAAUUAAUGCUAGAAAUGAUAGCUUUACUAUAGCAGUUGAGCAAGUUGUUCAUGUCCAUUGUAGAAAAGAGUAUACAAAUACUAAUGUCAUAUCUGCUUUGAAACGGAAACUAAGUGCACCAACAGAAAGAAAUUCCAAAAAUCUAAGAUCUCAAGAAGUCAAAUUCAAUUAUAAGACAAAUUGCCUAUUUUGUGGACAGGGUGACCCAUAUCAAGGUAGAAAGACUGAUUUCAAACUGAACCCUAUAAUGACCCUAGACUAUAGUUCCACAUGUUUAAAAAUAUGCGACAAACUUAAUUCGCCAUGGAGCGAUGAAGUAAAAGAUCGGAUGCUUUUUUGUCCAGACCUUCCAGCAGCAGAUGCUGUGUACCAUCAAGUAUGUAGCACAAACUUUAGAACUGGGAGGGAUGUCCCCUGAAUUUUUGAACAGGGUGGUUCAAAGGUUAAAAAUGUGGGAAGGCCACAAGAAGAAGAAAGGGAGAAUGCUUUUAAAAUGGUAGUAAAAUAUCUAGAGCAAGCUGAAGAUGAGCAAAUUUCAAUUGAGGAGACAUUGGUAAAAAUGAAUGAGUAUUUAGAAGGAAGCCUUUCAGUUGCCGUUACAUGAAGGACAGACUCAAGGCACAUUUUGGAGAUAGCAUCCUGAUAACAAACAUACAAAAAAAGAAAAAUGUGCAAACACAAAUAAAAUUGAUGAUAUUGAUUUAGAUACAGUGUAAUUGCAUUGUCAUGGAAAAUGAAAAGUUUUCAAGCAUUGAUAAU